ACGCUGCGUUUGGGUCUGUCUUCUCUACUUGCAUUUUCAGAUUUCUAAAAAUAUUAUUUCCCUCUACGCCUACGCAGAUCUGAAUCUUCUUUUUCUCCAGAAAUUAAAAAAAAAAAAGAAAAACGAAACAAACCGCUCCAACUUCGCGGGAACAUCACAGCCGUCGAUCUUAGGGGUCUAGUAUAGAGAAUAAUCGAAGAUGGUGCUCGUAUCGGCCGUACGGGAUUAUGUCAAUCGGAUGUUGCAGGACAUCUCCGGCAUGAAAGUCCUCAUUCUCGAUUCUCAGACGGUUAGCAUAGUGAGUGUCGUUUAUUCACAGUCAGAGCUACUUCAGAAAGAAGUAUUUUUGGUAGAAUUGAUAGACUCCAUUUCCAAGUCAAAAGAAUCAAUGUCACAUCUCAAGGCAGUUUAUUUCCUUCGGCCUACAUCAGAAAAUAUUCAGCAUAUGCGGCGUCAGCUAUCCAAUCCUAGGUUUGGAGAAUAUCACUUGUUUUUCUCAAACAUGUUGAAAGAUACCCAGAUUCAUCUUUUAGCUGAUUCAGAUGAACAGGAAGUUGUCCAGCAACUCCAGGAGUUUUAUGCUGAUUUCGUUGCUGUUGAUCCUUACCACUUUACGUUAAACAUGCCUUCAAAUCACCAUUAUGUGCUCCCAGCAGUUGUGGAUCCUUCUAGUUUGCAGCACUUCUGUGACCGAGCUGUUGAUGGUAUUGGUGCGGUUUUCUUGGCAUUAAAACGAAGACCAAUUAUUAGAUAUUCAAGAACCUCUGAUAUUGCAAAAAGGAUUGCACAUGAAACAGCAAAACUAAUGUACCAGCAAGAAAGUGGUCUUUUUGACUUCAGACGGAUGGAAAUGUCUCCAUUGUUGCUGAUAGUUGACAGAAGGGAUGAUCCUGUGACUCCAUUGCUGAAUCAAUGGACCUAUCAGGCAAUGGUUCAUGAAUUGAUAAGUAUUCAGGAUAACAAAGUGGAUUUGAGAAGCAUUAGCAAUCUUCCCAAAGAUCAACAGGAAGUUGUGCUCUCGUCAGAACAAGAUGCCUUCUUCAAAGCUAACAUGUAUGAAAAUUUUGGAGAUAUUGGAAUGAAUAUCAAGCGAAUGGUGGAUGAUUUUCAGCAGGUUGCUAAAAGCAACCAAAAUAUUCAGACAAUAGAAGACAUGGCCAAAUUUGUGGACAAUUACCCUGAGUACAGAAAAAUGCAUGGGAAUGUUUCAAAGCAUGUAACAUUGGUCACCGAAAUGAGCAAGAUAGUUGAAGAAAGAAAGCUUAUGUUGGUUUCAGAAACUGAGCAGGAGUUGGCUUGCAAUGGUGGGCAAGUUGCUGCUUUUGAGGCAGUGACAAAUCUUUUAAACAAUGAAAGCAUAUCAGAUAUUGACCGACUACGCCUAGUAAUGCUGUAUGCUUUGCGCUAUGAGAAGGAGAGCCCUGUCCAACUGAUGCAGCUAUUCAACAAACUGGCAUCUAGGUCUGCCAAGUACAAGCCUGGGCUUGUCCAAUUUCUCCUAAAGCAAGCAGGGGUUGACAAGCGAACCGGUGAUCUUUAUGGAAAUCGUGAUCUUCUGAAUAUUGCUCGCAACAUGGCUCGUGGAUUAAAGGGGGUUGAGAAUGUCUACACCCAGCACCAGCCUCUUCUAUUCCAAACUAUGGAAAGCAUAACCAAAGGCCGGUUGCGAGAUGUGGACUACCCAUAUGUUGGAAAUCAUUUUCAGCAGGGCAGGCCACAGGAGGUAGUUAUAUUCAUUGUUGGUGGAACAACUUAUGAGGAGUCCCGUUCUGUUGCUUUGCAAAAUGCGAGCAAUUCUGGAAUUCGUUUUAUACUUGGUGGGUCGACAGUUCUGAACUCUAAGAGGUUUCUGAAGGACUUAGAAGAAGCUCAGAGGAUAGCUCGAACCAGCAGCAGUGUCGUAUGAGUUCAAAUUCUGGCAUAUACUGGUAUAGAACCAUGUAAAUAAGCUCUUGUGGCUUUAUGAAGGAUUUCCUGGUUAUACUGUGUUGUCUGGAAUUGCAACAGCAAUACGACAAGGAGAGCGUAGAAAUGCAGCUCAUUGUGGUAAACAUUUUGCAGAGAGUAACAAGUCAAAGGUAAAUUGGCUAACCAGCAUUGAAUUCUUCUGGAGAGAAUUUGGUCUUUGUCCAUCGCCUACUACGUCUUCUACAUAAAUUUUUGUACCCUCACCAAGGAAUAGAGAAAAAUUGUGUACAAAAUUUCCCUUUCUCAAUUUUUAUGGUAUACCUCAUUGAUGUAUUCAACCAUGUAUUUGUAUUAUCAUAUAAUUGUGGAAAAUAGAAGCUAUAGUUGUUUUGAUCCAUAUAUUUUUUUAACAAAAAGAA